GACCUCAAAUUUUCUUCAUCCAGUAACAUAAAAAUCUAAUCAACUACAUAAAAUCAAAAAGGAUGAAGCCUAUGUUUUACUUCUUUCUUGCCUUAACCUCUGUUUUUGCCGCGGCCGCAAACGCCGGCACACCAGUUCUCGAUUCUAAAGGUCGUGUCAUAACCGAAGGCAGUUACUACGUUAAGCCCCUCGGUGCCCUCUUCGACACUGGAGGUGGCGGUCUAACUCUCUCCACACUUAACGGCAAACAGUGUCCCCUCUUUGUUGGACAGGAAGAUUCAGAUUCGAACGUGGGCAUUCCCGUCAAAUUCUCAGACUGGAAGUCUAGCGAUGGGUUUGUUCCCGAAUCAGAGAACCUCAACAUCGAGAUGGACAUCGAAGAAACGAUCUGCUUUGAGUCAACCUAUUGGCGUAUCACUCCGGCCGACGUGGUCCCUAUGGCGUUGUUCAUAAAGGCUGGCCCUAAGCCGUCCAGUGGUUUGUUCCAGAUCAAGAAAAGUGAUCGUUUACGUGGCCGUUACCGUAUUUUCUUUUGCCCUGACGGUUACGAUUGCACCAAAGUCGGGACAUAUGUGGACCAACAGGGCGUUCGGCGUUUGGCUUUAAACACUACGGCGUUCUAUGAGGUUGCGUUCGUGAAAGCUACCAAGACAGAGACGUCGUCCAAGACUGUGUCUAUUAUCUGAGAUAAAUCAAAAACUACAAAAUUAAGAAGAUAAGUGCUAUUGCUCAUGACUAAUAAUAAUAAAACACUAUCUGUGUCCCUUGUUUUCUUUGUUCACCAAUCAUCAUAUAUGGAACAGAACAUACUAUUUACUUUGCAGCUUUGUUUCUUUUUGGUUCUUCCUCUCUAGUUUAAAAUUCACAUGA